AUGGCAUACCUAUGCAUACACCUCAUCUUCUUCCUAUUUCUCUUCCCAAUAUCUGCUUUGGCUCAAAAAAAUGGUAUUGUGCCUUUGGGCAGUACUUUGACCGCAGGUGAAACAUCUGCUAGUUCUUGGCUUUCACCUUCUGGUGAUUUUGCAUUUGGGUUCCGACAAUUUCAGGAUAAGGAUCUGUUCUUGUUUUCCAUAUGGUAUUACAAGAUACCAGACAAAACCGUAGUUUGGUUUGUUUAUUCAAUAGAUCUAGUGCCACGAGGAUCAACUCUAAAGCUUGAUGCUCGGAGUGGGCUUGUGCUCCGUGAUCCUCAAGGCUUACAACUUUGGAGUGCCGAUGUCAAUUCUAGUCAAGUUGACCAUGGUUUUAUGAAUGAUACCGAUUUGAUACUUGGCGAUUCUCUUAGUUCUCGACAGUCAGCAACAAAAUUUUCCCAAGGAAGAUUUUAUCUCCGUUUUCUUUAUGACGGAAAUCUAGUGCUUGCUACCCGAAGUGUGCCAACCAAUGUGUAUGAUGAUGCUGAGUACUUAAUAGUCAGACUUCUGAUCCUACAGUUUUGUUUUCUGGACAUUUACUGGAAAUCCGAACUGGAAGGUUCUUUGGUAUUUGCCGGAGAAUAUAUGUUUCAUUACUGGAGAAAAGGGGAGCGGAGCUUGUGGAUUAACAGUAUUUGCCACCUUGAACACGGGAGACCGGCUUGUGCGUGUCCAGAAGGGUAUAUACUGCUUGAUCCAGACGACAAGUACGGCAGCUGCUUGCCAAACUCUUCUCUCGGCUGUGGUGCAGUAAAGGAGGGCUCUGCAGAAAACCUUUAUGAUUUUGUGGUGAUCAAUGACAUAGAUUGGCCACUGUCUGACUUCGAGCAAAUAUAUCCUUCAAAUGAAACUGUUUGUGAGCAAGCUUGCUUGCAGGAUUGUUUCUGUGUUGUGGCCAUUUUCAGAGACAACAGUUGCUGGAAGAAGAAGCUGCCACUUUCUAAUGGAGGGUGGACACUAGUCUUCGGUCAAAAGCUUUCAUCAAAUAUCGCAAAAGUGAUGCCCCUCAGUACAUCAAACUUUUCGUCCAGUUCCAGUAGGAUCGAUGUCUUAAUGCUUUAA